UUUUGGUUACCUGCUCCUUACUCCCACUUCUUCUCUCCAUGAAUUUAUAUAUAUACACAUAUAUGCAUAUAACAAAUGAUUCAUUGAUUUAGAGUUUUGUUUCUCUCUGAAUCAGGACAAAAGGGUUUUCCGAUCUAUACCAAAAGACCACAAGGAUUGAUCCAUGGAAUUCUUUUUUCGGCAGUGUAUUUUCUUUUUCCUUUUUCAGUUUUGCUCGAUUUUUUUACUUAUUUUCUUUCUCUCUCCACUGUUUCAAAGCCAGCUUCUCUUUUGUCGGAGCCAUCAGAGCUCAGUAAUUGUUCUCAGCUUCAAGUGAUUCAGCUUCGUUCGAAUCGAUUGAUCGGCAAUGUAACGGCGGAUUUCUUUCGGUUGUCUCGUUUAAAAGAGCUUGGUUUGGGUUCUAACAAGUUAAAUGGUGAAAUCCCAGAAGAAAUCACCUUUUAGAUGGAAAUCGCCUUACAGGUAACAUACCAGAUUCAUUUUCAAACAUGUCUAUUUGAAGUACUUGAAUUUUUCUAGAAAUAAUCUUGAAGGUGAGAUUCCAAGUGGAUUAGGUUCUUUAUUCAAUGAUAAUUCUGUAUUUUCAAUGACUGAAAAUUUAUGUGGUAAGCCAUUGAAUAAUGACUGUAAAAAUGUGAGAAAAAAGAAACAGAGGAAGCUGAUUUUGUUGAUUGCCAUGGUCGUUGGUGGUAUUGGGCUAUUUGUCUUGUUUUGUUGCGGUUACAUUUAUAGUCUUCUAUAGUGGGAAGAGGUGAAUGACCGGAGAGAAGAAGCGGAGUACGAGUAGUGCUAGUUUGGGAGCAGAUCAAAGUCGUGGAAGUUCAACUUCGCUAAUUCAGUAAACUUUAAGAAUAUUAGACCUCCUGUAAUGGAAGGCUUAGAUACAUUAAUCAUGAGAAAGAAACAAUCUUCAAAGUCAAGUAGCCUUGAAAGCAAUGGUAGUUCUUCAAAUCAAACAUCACCUGCAUCUCAAUGGUUUUACUCAAAAUCAUCAAAGAAGUCGGGAACUGAUGAAAAAAGUGUUGCAGGGAACACUAUGGCUGUCCAGGCAGACAUGCCAUUCAGUGGCCUCACUACUUUUGGAAUUGCAUUUUUGUCGAAGUUUGAGUGUUCUCAAAUGCCACAUCCAGUGCUAUUUGCUGGGGUUUACAAGGAGCUACGUCAGGCAUGGAGGAUGCCAAAGAGCAAAUUGUACAGGAGUCCAAAAAUUCCACGCUACCAUCUCAAGAUGAGCUUGCCGUUGAAUGUUUCUUUUAGGAUAGGAGCAAAUGGUUUGGAGAACUCCCUUGGGAAGAAAGUUUGCGGGAUGCACACGAGUUUGGAAAACUUGUUCUGUUUUAGAACUUGGAUCCACUUACUCUUGAGAAGUGGAGAUAUAGUUUGGAAUGCCUUCAAUGAAACUUGCAGAGCAAAGAUGGUGCAAAAGAAAGCGCAUUUUUGGAUGCCACAACAAUUCAGGACUGAGACUCGGUCAAGUGAAAUAUUCAGGAGACCAACUAUGACAAGUCAUCUAGGAUGGUGUUGCUCGGAGCAAGGAUGGGCGAAUGUGAACGUUGAUGGGGUAGCCGAGGUUGGCAUAGGUCAAGUGAGGGUCGGAGGGGUGGUUUGGGACUCCUAUGGUAGCUGGAUUAUUGGUUUUAGAAGAAUCAUUGGUAUUAGAUCAGUGCUCCAUUUGGAAUUGUGGGCGCUGCUUGAAGGGCUGGAAGUUGUUUGGAGUAAAGGCUAUUGA